UCGUGUAUUUAAGACAGUUUUAUUCCCUUCCAUGAAAAUCUGAAAAUGCCGGAAAGGUCCUCUCAGUGAACAAGUUGCCAACUGUUUUCUCGCCUCCUUGGCAGGAGAGCGGUGUAAGGGAAAGCACUGCGCCUGCACUGUAUCUUUACGACUUGCCGUAAAAAUCAAUAAAGAUAAAGAAGGGUGUCACCAGUAAGCGGCUGUAUGAGCAUGCGCAAAAUGAACUGUGACAACCGCCAAACGCACGUGUGUGUUUGUUAUGUGGAAAUGACUUGGAUCUAAAGUGUUUUCGCAAAGGAAUUUAAAUUAAACAACCAGAAUGAGAUGCGUUGGCCUGGAUACGGUUUGUGCAAUUGUGAUAUUGUGUUUAGAAGUAACGUGGGCAUUCCAGAGAUUCAUACCAAUAGGUGCUAUAUUUGACAAAAAUGACCUGAUCUCCAAACGAGCGUUUGACUACGCCGUUGAACAACAUGCUGCGAAUGAAGACAGAGAGCAGUAUUUCCAGUUUAAUGUCACAGUGGAUUUGAUAGAUAUAUCGGAUAACUUCCAGCUGGCUUCAGCAAUAUGCAAACAGAUGAGCGAUGGAGUUUUUGCAAUACUUGGCCAGAAAGAGAUGACCUCCACCGACAUUGUCAAGUCUUUCGCGAAGACGUUCCACAUGCCGUUCAUCACGCCGAGCCUGUCCCGCAUUGCCGUCAGUGAAGAGUCUAACUUCGAGCUGCACAUGCGCCCGGACUACACGUACGCCCUCACUGACGUCAUUCAUAAGCUCAACUGGGGACAGGUCCACUUCCUGUAUGACAGUGACGAAGGCUUGUUGCGCCUGCAGCAGAUAUUCUGGUCCCUUCGAGAUCAACCUUUUGUCGAGGGAUUCGCCGUACAGCGUCUGCAAGACGUCCGAGACAUCCACGACGAAUUACGUCACCUUGACAGAAGUUACGCCGGGUCCUACAAAAACAUCGUCCUUGACCUUUCCUCAGAAGAAGCUUACGACCUCGUCCUACGUCAGAUACCCGAAGUUGGUAUGAACAAAUAUGGCUACAAUUAUCUGCUGGGAUCUCUGGAUUUCAAAAAUUUAAAUUUGACACGAUAUCGUCACGGUGGUGUCAACGUCACAGGAUUCCAACUUCUCGACGAGAAAAACGAGAUUAGCCGAGAUUUCCUGGAGGCCUUGGGCAUGACCCCUGGGCGUUUCUCGUCCCCCAAGGAUUACCAGUCCGUCCCGGUCCGCGCGGCCCUGUUGGUGGAUGCUGUGUACCUGCUGGGCCAGGCCAUCUACAGCAUGAUGCAGAACGACACCGACGUGUUCCGCUACAACUUCAGGCGAGGAGACCUCUACACCUACAACGACACUAAGGGGAUCCCAUGUGAUAAACGCCCGCCUGUGCCUUGGAUGCACGGGGAGGAAAUUCUACACAGAAUAAAACAGAUGCAGCCCACGGGUCUGUCUGGCGUUCUUUCCUUCGACAGGAAGGGAUUCAGACAGGACUACAGCCUGGGGGUGUACUCCGUCAGUCUGGACAACGGACCCUCAAAGAUCGGCACCUGGUACAGCAGCGAGCGGGGAUUCGAGAGUGAGAAGCAGGAUGCAGGGCAACAGAUGUAUGAGCAGUAUCCGGAGCGAGGAGCCAACUCCACCACCAAGACCAUAACGUCUAUAUUGAUAGAUCCUUUCUUGAUGUGGGCCAAGGAAGACGCGGGAAGGCCCAAGAUUGGUAAUGAGAGGUUUCAAGGCUACGCCGCUGACCUGUCCUACGCCAUGUCUCAGAAGGUUGGUUUCGACUACUAUAUCAGGCUUGUGAAAGAUGGAGCCUACGGAUUGAAAGAGAAUAACUCUCAGAAAUGGAAUGGUAUGAUCGGAGAACUCACACGAAAGGAAGCCGAUAUGGCAAUAGCUCCAUUGACCAUCACAGCAGAUCGAGAACGUUUUGUGGACUUCUCAAAACCUUUCAUGAACUUCGGUAUCAGCAUCAUGAUCAAGAAGCCCGAGAAACAGAAGCCGGGCGUGUUCUCCUUCAUGCAACCCCUGCGGGUGGAGAUCUGGGUGUGCAUCACGGUGGCCUACAUCGGCGUCAGUGUGGGGCUGUUCCUGGUCAGCCGAUUCAGCCCCCUCGAGUGGAAGAAGGGCCCCGAGGCUACAGGGGAGGAAAUGGCCAAUGAAUUCUCCUUGUUCAACUCAUUCUGGUUCUCUAUGGGUGCGCUCAUGUUCCAAGGAAGCGACUCCUGUCCGAGAUCGGUGUCGGGUCGUAUAAUAGGAGGUGUGUGGUGGUUUUUCGUCCUCAUAAUCAUAUCCUCCUAUACCGCCAACUUGGCUGCCUUCCUCACGAUAGAGCGGAUGUUUACACCCAUAGAGUCGGCUGACGACCUUGCCAAGCAGACGACAAUCAAAUAUGGAACGAUUGAUUCAGGAACAUCGUUACUUUUUUUCAAAAACUCCGAGGUACCCACGUACAAACAGAUGUGGAACUUUAUGAGUGCCAACUCAGAUGUGUUCGUCAAGACGGCGGAGGAGGGCGUGGCCAAGGUCAGGGACUCCAAGGGAAAGUACGCGUUCCUCCUGGAAUCUUCCAUCAACGAAUACACAAACAACCGGAAGCCGUGCGACACCAUGAAAGUGGGGCCAAAGCUCAACUCAAAAGGCUUCGGUGUUGCGACACCAAGGGGCUCAGAACUAAGGGACAAGAUCACUCUGGCAGUUCUAACCCUCCGCGAAGAUGGAACUCUCCACACGCUGCAGAACAAAUGGUGGUUCGAGAAAGGCCAGUGCGGAAUAGACGGAGGGUCAAAGGACUCCGGGAAGCGUUCCCUGUCGCUAAGCAACGUUGCGGGGGUGUUCUACAUUCUCGUCGGCGGUCUUGUGUUUGCAAUAAUUCUGGGAGUGUUUGAGUUUAUGUGUUUUAGAGCGAAAAAUCCAAAGGCUGCGUGCACGCCAUCACAAGCGACGUACCUGCGGGGGACCGAGACGGCGACGACGUUGUGUACUCCAAACGACAGGGAGGACGGCAAUCUACCGUAUGAUUAUCAAAAUGAGAAAAAUUUAGCAGAGGUACACUACACGUACGACCAACCUCGACUUUUUGGAUUUGAGGCUUUUAACGACAACAAACCAAACACAGACGUUUAAGAGAAGAUUUCCCUACAACAUAGUGUAUAACGAGCACUACAUCAAAAUAACGUGUCUCUUCAUCAAGGUCAGAUGUAAAGUCAAACAGCUCAACCGCCCUUGACCUUGGUGACCUCAAACGUGAUCAAACAUGGUCCUAUAAAAUUCAAGUGGCCAUAGAAAACAAGAAACAAGAUUACCCAUGAAGGUGUUUUUUAUUGUCAAUGAAGAUGAAGUAGGGUAGUCUAGUGGUUAAAUCGUUCCGUCGUGACGCCGAAAACCCGGGUUCGAUUCCCUACAAUGGUGCAGUGGAUGUAUGCAGACUAUCAUUAGACAUCACGCGACAAGAUUAACCCUUAACACGGCAUCAAACAAAUCUCGCUCACCUAGGGUGUAUGGGUUUUGUCUUGGAUUAUCAUACGGAUUAAUGUAAGACGCAUAACCUAACUCCAGGAGAGUAUUUCUUUACCCCUUCUGAAACAGGGGGCACAGGUGGCCCAGUCGUCUAAGGCGCCGCAAUUCGCUGUGCAGAGUUGCGUCUCUUGGACACGCUAAAAACCUAUGAUUGUGGGUUCGAAUCCCGGUUCGCCCUGAUCA